UUCUGCUGACUCACUGUGAAUAGGCUGGUAGCUUACACCACUCUGGGAGGUGGGGAGAAGGCACAUUUACUGUGUGUUCCUGGGAUGGUACCUGAGCUGAAUAGGGCACACAGACAGGGCAGGGUGCAGGACAGACAGGCAAGGUAAAGUUAUACAUUGGAGUAUUCGUGAGUUAAAGGUUUCCAAUCCAAAAUCCAUCAAUGAGUGACUCGCAGGAAAAUCACAGUGUCCAUUCCAGCAUUAUCUCCACUGUCUACAAUAUCCCAAUGAGGGUCCUGAUCCGACCCUUGCCCUCAAUUCUGGAUGAAAGAAAAGUACAAAGCCUUAUGGACACCUUACAGAAAGAUGAAGACCUUGUACCUCCAGUCGAUGUUCUCUGGAUCAAGGGGCAGAAUGGGGGAGACUAUUUCUAUUCCUUUGGUGGGUGCCAUCGAUAUGCAGCACACCAACGACUCAACAAGGAGACCAUUGCUGGGAAGAUCAUCCAGUCCACUGUCAGUGAUUUACGCAUAUACCUGGGAAACAGCACCCCUAACUUACUGUAACACAAACACCACAAUAGUCAGGAGGUCUCAGGGUCUAAUGUUUCCCUGCUGGAUGAAGGCAACCUGAUGGAUCAGCCAAGAUUUAUUAACUGUCUGGCCAUAGUAACUGCCACCUUCUCAGAUCAGGGACACAGGAAGCAGCAGCUCGUGAACAUUUCCAUUCUUGCCCACCGACCCCCUGGUGCCAACCAUUGGGGGAAAGUGGAUUUAUUUGCACACAGGACUUGAUCCCAAAUAUGUCACCUGAACCGAAGGAAUCAGCAAGAGCACCCAGUUUGCCAGGCUAUACCUGGAUAUUUUGGGAUCUUGCAGGGUAUUAAUAGAGAUCUUGGUAGAUCUGUGUCAAACUGAAACUGAAGAUGUAGUUAUUUCUGAGAUAAAGGGAAAGUAGCAAAUA